AUGGCUGAGAAGAGUGAAUUCCAGAAGAGAAUGAUGGAAAUCGGUGUAAAAGGGAUCCUGUCCGCAAGCAUAUCACUCGGUCACAGUCUAGGACUUUUUCAAGCACUGGCUAAGGUGGGAAGUGAGGAACAUCCAGCUACGGCUGCGGAAGUCGCCGCAGAGAGCGGUUGCAAGGAGAGGUAUGUGAAGGAAUGGUUGUCAGUAAUGGCAGUUGGUGACGUUAUUAGUGUCACUGAAGACGAGAAAUUUUUCAUCAAAAAAGAAAAUGUAGAGCACUUACUAGGAGGUGUAGCGGUUCAGUUUAACACUUUUCUUCCCGUUUUUAUGAGAGGAUACGAUAGAAUCGGGGAUGUGUUCAAGAAAGAAGGACCGCUAGGCCUUAAGUAUUCGGAUUUCGCUGAUUUCUACAAUACAAUGGCACAGUUCAGUGAAGCUAUUCACAAGAAGCAUCUGAUUUCGGAUUUUAUUCCAGCUCUUGGAUCAGAUAUGAAGGAGCGAUUAACAAAUGGUGGAAUGAUGUGUCUGGAUGUUGGCUGCGGCAAAGGUUUCCAUGCUGCUCUUCUAGCGGAAAAUUUCCCGAAAUCAAACUUUAUGGGCAUAGAUAUUACACUUGAGGCGAUCCACUUGGCAAAUCAACAAAGGAAGGACAACGGUCAAACGUUUGACAAUCUCGCUUUCAUCCAAAUGAGCGCCGCAAAAAUGGAUGAUGAUUGGACGGAUAAGUUCGACAUCGUCACAAUUUUCGACGCAUGUCAUGACCAAAUGAGGCCUGAUCUGUGUCUAAAGGAGAUCCAUCGCGUUCUCAAACCAGGAGGAGUCUUUGGAAUGUUAGAGGUGGAUGGCACAUCGAACGUAUUCAAGGAUAAGCAGGAAAAAGGUUUGAUGGCAGUACAGAUGUACGGAUGUUCGAUGUUCCAUUGUCUACCAGUUGGCAGUAAUUCAGAAGACGCUCUCGGACUUGGUGCUAUGUGGGGAAAAGAACGAGCGGUUAAAAUGUUGAAAGAUGCCGGUUUCGCCAACGUCAGUGUACUACCUACACCUCAAUUUGUGAUUAAUGUAUUGAUCCCUGAGAAAUCCGAGAUCUCCAAUAUGAAGAGGUGUGUGGCUCUAAUUGACCUCAACGGUACCCUACACAUCGAAGACAUGGCCAUACCUCGUGCCGCUGAAGCUUUGGAUCGACUCCGUAAAAUUCGUCCAGUUAAAUUUGUUACAAACACAACAAAAGAGUCAAUAAAUGUGCUGCAUAAUCGUGUUACUGGGUGCGGCUUCCGGAUAUCGAAAGAUGAGAUUUUUACGUCAUUGGUAGCAGCACGGAAUUUUGUCGAACAACGAAAUUUGCGUCCGAUGCUCAUGCUUGCGAAAGAAGCAUUGGAAGAUUUUGAAGGUAUCACCACGUCUAAUCCGAAUGCUGUGGUCAUUGGAUUAGCACCGUCUGAAUUCCACUUCGAGAAAUUGAACGAUGCAUUCAAGUUAGUACUUAAUGGAGCAGAACUGGUGGCGGUUCAUAAAGGACGCUAUUACAAGCGUGGUGAUGGUCUUGCUCUGGGUCCCGGUCCAUUCGUUGCAGCUAUCGAAUAUGCGACUGGAGCGAAGGCAACCGUUGUUGGUAAACCAGAAUCAGCAUUUUUCCAUAUGGGAGCCUCAACACUAGGCAAUGAUAUUGAUUUGGCCAAUAGUGUAAUGAUUGGCGAUGAUGCGAAGGAUGAUGUUCUUGGAGCUAUAAAUUGUGGAAUGAAGGGAAUCCUUGUGCGCACAGGGAAAUAUAGGAAAGGCGAUGAGCUACAGAUUCCCCAGGAACGAAGAAACUGCGUGGAAUCUUUCGCAGAAGCUGUCGAUAUGAUCGAAUCUGGGGAAGUUUUGUAA